UUUCUUUUAAUAUUUUCUUAUGCUUACAAUUACAAUUUGUGUAUUUAUUCCAUUUUCGGUUGAUGUAUUAAUGAAAGGGAAUUUAUUAUUUGCUUGCUGUUCCGACUCUAAAUAUAUAAUUCUAUAUGUUUAUGUCAAUGGAAUAUAAGAUUAAUAAUUAAUGAGGGCGAUUAUUAUCAAGAAUACAAUGUCUUUUUUAACUCUUACCAUUGGUCAGCUACUUACCUUAUAAUUCAAGCUAACAUACAACUCAGUUUGAGUUAAAAGAAAAUGGGGAAUCUUUUGUGUUGUGUGCAAGUUGAUCAAUCUACAGUGGCUAUGAAAGAGGGUUUUGGAAAAUUUGAAGAGGUGCUUCAGCCAGGAUGCCAUUGCAUGCCAUGGUUCCUUGGAAAACGAAUUGCUGGUCAUCUCUCUCUUCGGCUACAGCAAUUGGAUAUAAAAUGUGAGACCAAGACAAAGGAUAAUGUCUUUGUGAACGUCGUUGCUUCUAUUCAAUACCGUGCCUUGGCAGACAACGCCAAUGAUGCAUUUUACAAACUUAGUAACACAAGGUCCCAGAUUCAAGCUUAUGUUUUUGAUGUAAUUAGAGCAUAUGUUCCAAAACUCAACUUGGAUGAUACUUUUGAGCAGAAAAAUGAAAUCGCAAAAGCUGUGGAAGAAGAACUUGAGAAGGCUAUGUCAGCUUAUGGCUAUGAAAUUGUUCAAACACUGAUUGUUGAUAUAGAGCCAGACGAGCAUGUGAAACGGGCUAUGAAUGAAAUCAAUGCCGCUGCAAGAAUGAGAGUGGCAGCUAAAGAAAAGGCAGAGGCAGAGAAGAUCUUGCAAGUAAAGCGAGCCGAGGGUGAGGCUGAAUCUAAAUAUCUCCAUGGGGUGGGUAUUGCUCGUCAACGUCAAGCCAUUGUGGAUGGUUUGAGAGACAGUGUGAUUGGAUUUUCAGUUAAUGUACCAGGGACAAGUGCUAAAGAUGUCAUGGAUUUGGUCCUUGUCACUCAAUACUUUGACACUAUGAAAGAAAUUGGUGCUGCCUCCAAAUCUUCUGCUGUGUUCAUUCCACACGGACCUGGUGCUGUUCGCGAUGUAGUAAGCCAAAUUCGUGACGGACUUCUCCAGGGUUCUCAUGAGUAGCUUCUAUUCCUCCUACUUUUUAUCUGAUCUGUAUAAGAGUGCGGUGAUUUUUUAAUGCUUUUUGUCUCUGCAGUAUGUCAUAUGACUUUGUGUGAGGGUAAACUGCUAAUUUGGUCCUCCAAAUAUUAUGGUAUCACUUAUCGAUCUUGUAAAGAUAUUUUUGUCGUUAAGGCAAUCCUUCAAUGAUUUGAAAUGUUUUGGAUUUGGUGAUAAAGUCUUUGGAGGGCGAUUUAGUGCAACUACUAUUGUAUUAUACUUGCAGAUUGUAACUCUUAUUACCGAUACGAGUUUUGUACAUUAUAAAUUAUGCACAACUAGAUAUCAGAUAGCCCUGUAUAAUGUAUAGACAAGUUUUCUAAAUUGUGAAAGUUGCAUUCGAGAAAAAAUUUAUAUA